AUGACCAUCAUCAUCAUAUCUCUGCUCCUGCUGGUUUCUCUGGUGCCACACCUGACCUUCACUGCACAUGUGAGAAUAGUGAACGGCAAUAGAGCAAAACCUCACUCCAGACCUUACAUGGUUUCUAUUCAGAAAAACAGUAACCAUAUCUGUGGUGGGUUUCUCAUUACUGAACAGUUUGUGUUGACUGCUGCACAUUGCUGGGAAAAAAAUGAAAAGCUGACAGUUGUGGUUGGUGCACAUGAUCUGAAAAAGAAUGAAACGGGUUCUGUCCGCAUCAAUGUGAUGUCCUACCACACACCUAAGCAGUAUAAAAAUACAACUCUCAAGAAUGACAUCAUGCUUUUGAAGCUAGAGCAAAAAGUCAAACUAAGCAAAAAUAUUAGUUUGAUAUCAAUACCACAGAAAAAAGACAAAAAAGUGAUCAAUGCAGGCACUAGCUGUAGUGUUGCUGGCUGGGGAACAAAGAAGACUGAUGGUCCAACCAGUAAUUAUCUACUGGAGGCAAAAGUGGAAAUAAUGGAAAACAAAAAGUGCCAAAAACUAUGGAACAAACAUGGUCCAAAUUCAGAUGUACAAUACUCAGUCUCAAAGAUGAUGUGUACACAUGGUCUUGGUGGAUCCUGCAAAGGGGAUUCAGGAGGUCCUUUGGUAUGUGGAAACACUGCUGUUGGUGUCACAUCUUUUGGAAAUCCUGAUGCCUGUAAUUCACCUUCGCUUCCUAAUGUGUAUACUAAGAUUUCAGCAUAUCUUGACUGGAUUAAGAAAAUAAUUCGAAAGUUUAAGUAGAUUAAAUUUAAAAAGACAGACACGUUUUUACUUUAAUUCUCACCUAAACAUACAUUCCCAGCACACAUUUUUUGUUUUUAAAAGAUGUUGAAUAGAUGUCUAAUCAUAGUCAUCUUGGCAAGAACAAGGAUUAAUUUGGACUGUCAGUGAACAUCUAAUAGAUGUCUAAGAAUAGGCCAAAACU